GGCGCGCGGCGGCGGCGGAGCCCGGAAGCGGCGGCGGGUUCCGGUCGUUCCCGAUCGCUCCUGAUCCCGUCAGCCGCUGCCGGCGGCGCGUCCCGAUCCCGCCGGGUCCCGGCAGCGGCCCCGGGGCCGCCAUCCCAGUGGAUUCCGUACCCGGCGGCCCCCGGGCAUGGCGGGCCGCGGGAAGCUGAUCGCGGUGAUGGGCGACGAGGACACGGUGACCGGGUUUCUUCUGGGCGGCAUCGGGGAGCUGGACAAGCACCGGCGGCCCAACUUCCUGGUGGUGGAGAAGGAAACAAGCCUGGCUGAGAUCGAGGAGACCUUCCGGGGUUUCCUGGCGCGGGAGGACGUGGGCAUGAUCCUGAUCUCGCAGGCCCUGGCGGAGCAGAUCCGGCCGGCAGUCGCAGCCCAUGCCCGGGCGCUGCCCGCGGUGCUCGAGAUCCCCUCCAAGGACCACCCCUACGACCCGGCCCGGGACUCGGUGCUGCGCCGCGCUCGGGGGCUCUUCGCACCUGAUGAGCUGCGAUAGAGCCCCCCAGGAUACCCCAACCCCUCCCGACACUCCCCCAAAUCUCCCUCUAAGCUCCCCCAAACAGUUCCCCCGAUACCCCCAGUAUGUGCAAACCUCCGCAGCACCCCCAAACUGUCCUCUUCACCCCGUGCCCGUGGCCUCCUUGCGCCCAGCCACGGGUGACGGGCAGCAGGGAAUCCCAAACAGUCCCCGGUACCUUCCCAGCACCCUCAAACAGUCGCCCACCACUCCCCUAACUUCUUCACACUUGACAACCUGUGAUAGCCCUCGCUGGUACCCCAGAACAGCCCCUGGGGCCCCACGGGGUCACAAGCCAGGCCUGGGAGUCUCCACCCCAGGGAAACCCACACAGGGGCCCCCAGCCCACCUGGGGCAGUUGUGCCCUAUGCCUGGGGGCCCUCACUCCACAAGUCCCCAUCCCAGAGUGCUGCUGGGGGGUCCCUAGGGUUCCCAGGGUGUCCUCUGGGUGCUGGGGAGCUGUGGUUGCCCCGUGGGUCUGAGGGUGACACCGGGAACUCUGCGGGUGCCUGGGGCAGCCACGGGAGCCUUGUGCGUGACCCGUGACUAUGUCUCAGCCGUGUCCCACGAUGGGGAAGUGGCACUACCGUAUCCUGCUGAAUCCUG